UGUUUUCAUCUGUGUUGUGUCCAAAUUAGGGACCGAAGAAGGAAUGCUUGGACUAAGCUCUCCAAACUAUCACCGUGUCGCUAGCGAUGGGGUGGCAUUAAUUUUGCACUUCCUGUAUCUUUUCAGCAGUCGAGAUGAGCAUCUAGCUGACAGUGUAAACUCGUAUCAACUGGUGCUGGAUAAGCUAGGUCAUAAACCGGCAAAAAUCUACGCUCAUCUGCAGUUUGUAGCAUCGAUCGUAGCCAAUCAUUACAUGUCCCUGUGUGCCGCGGAUAUAAUUCUAGAAUAUCUUGUAGUAAUGUACCAGCUACCGGAUCUUGAAGCUCUCAGUGCCAAAUGGAGACGUUGGGUUGCUCUCGGGUCCAACUGCCUUCUUACUAUGCUCAACUGCUACAAUCCACACUGGACAACUAUCACAUUUGCCGUCUACGCCAAGUCCCUGUUCAUGAGCUUUUGGAUGACAAAAAUCUGGUACAACUUCGAUCAAAUAAGGACUAUUUUAGAACGAAAUAGCCUAUCUGCAAUCACCUUACUGCUAGCGAUGGUUAUUCUAAUCACAGUUCUAGUAGCCACCAAAGAAUGUCACUGUUUCUUCCGGAUGUAACCUCAGCAAAUCAAACGAUCCUACUUCCACUUUUCGAACAAAUCAUAGGACUCACAGUUCCCGAAGCACCUCUGAUGGUAUGCUGCUAUUACGCUGGAUCACUCAAUAUGUUUUACAUAUCGGAGAAACCUUGCAUCGAAGCAGCCUAUGCCGGACAGCUCCCAAAACCACUUGGCCUCUGGAAUUGGAAAGCCUGCUCUCCGGUGAUAUUUUUGUUGACGAGAUGUACCGUUUCGAUAAUCUCAGCA